GCAGACUGAAGUGACCGAUAAGAUGUUUCGCGUUACACAUUUCGAUAAGACUGCAGCAGAAUCUCUCUACCCGCGCUCAAGCACAGCGUUUCGCCCGCGUUUGAUAUGGGGUGUUGAAUUGAAGAGUGCGAAUCAUGAACGACGCAGAUGGCUUCAGCUUUGCGCCGUGCAUCGAACAGUUCCACAAGACAGGCCUGGUAUCAAUACCCGACUUCCUAUCAGAUGAUGAUAUCAAGCAGAUGAAGCAAGAGUGUGAAAAAAUAAUCGACAGCAUUGAGGACAACGUUGAGCAGCCAACCAUUUUCACCACAAAAAACAAUGAGGGAAGGAACACAUACUUCUUGGAAUCUGGUGACAAGAUUCGGGCCUUUUUCGAAGAAGAUGCAUUUGAUGAGCAAGGAAACCUGGUAGUUAGUAAAUCAAGGAGCAUAAACAAGAUUGGGCAUGCUUUGCACUGGCUGAAUCCUGUUUUCAGACGCAUCUCCUUCAGCUCCAAAGUGAAGGCACUGGUCAAAGAACUUGGAUUCAAGGAUCCACGCAUUGUUCAAAGCAUGUAUAUUUUCAAGAACCCAGAAAUUGGAGGUGAAGUGACAGCACACCAAGAUGCAACAUUCUUGUAUACUGAGCCAAACCAGCUUAUUGGCCUCUGGUUUCCACUGGAAGAUGCCACAUUGGAGAAUGGCUGCCUCUGGUAUAUCCCUGGAUCCCACAUAACUAUGAGCCUUUCAAGAAGAUAUGUCCGGAAUCAUGACCCAGACGGACCAUUGCUAAAAAUGGUUGAACUGUCUACCCAUGAUUACAGCAAUGAAACAUUUGUGCCCGUCCCGGUGUUCAAAGGCUCAUGUGUAAUCAUCCACGGAAAUGUCGUACACAAGAGCGAGAGAAACUGUUCUCUUUUUCCUCGACCAGCCUACACAUUUCAUAUUAUCGACAAAGAUGGAUCUGAGUACAGCCCAGAGAACUGGUUACAACCAAGUGAAGAACUUCCUUUUCCAUCACUUUAUGAAAACUCCUAGGCACAAAGAUUGGUCCAAGCAUGUGCAAGUUCAUACCACACCUGCGCUACACCCUAGUAGAAUCAAAAAGCGUAGUAGUAAAGAGGCACCUUACAGAGUAUGUUGCCUCACUUAUCACAUGCACAUAUUUCCUCCUUUUACAUUUCAUUAUAUGUACAUGGCCUUUUUGAUGGCUACUCUGCAUAAAUGUUUGGUAAAAGUUUUCUACCUAACUUUCUUACUGUCAGCUAGAGCAAGACAUCUUUUUUUACAGAUGUCAAAACAUGAAGCUUUUUGUUGAAAGCAUUUUGUUGCACCAAUGAUGGCAAAGAAAGGUGCAUGCAUUGCAUCAACAUUGCAUAGGCAGGCAGACAGACCUAAGUGUCCUGCAGUAUUGACUGAUUACAAGCCAGCUAUACCUAGAACACAAAUAAAAGAACACCUCUUACCCGAAUAUAAACAGCGGCCAUUACCAGCAUUUACCAGAAAGUCGCCAAGCUGCAGUUUGCUUUAUACUCUGCAGUUACCUUUUAAAGCUGCACAGAGUGACUUCCUAUGAAUAAUCCAAUUUUAGGAGGAUCCUACAAGUAUUACGUGCACUUAUGCUUUUUAAUAAACACAGCAUUUAUUUUUUGUGGA